UGGGUAUGUGUAAAAAAUACUAUCACAGUAUAGCAGGACUAUCAUUGUUGACCUGUCACUCAAGUAAUCCUACACAGAGUAAACAGAGUAUGAGACACUCCCAGCUCUAUUCACUUUCUUUUGGGGUCUAAUGAUAUAUAAUAAGCAUCCAACCACCUGUCUCAUAUUUUUUGCAGUCCCACUCCAGGAGUUAAACAGCAUGAUGCUGUUUAUCUGCCUCUGUGUGCUGGCCGUUGUCCUGCAGUCAGUUCAGUCUUAUAACUGCUCGGUGGAGUAUAACAGAGUUCCAGAUAACAGUGACCUGAAGGUACAGUGUGGCACUGGUACAAUUUUACUGGAGGUAAACCUGUGCACAGCUCAGUGGGCAGGCUUCAAUCCCAGCGGCCUGGCCCUGAAUGGGGAACGCAACAAUACCCAGUGCACGGGUACAAUUGACACCAGUGUGAACCCGCCUGUCAUUCGCUACCAGCUGCCUAUCAAUCACACUCGGGAGAAUCCAUGUAGACAAUCACUGCAGAUUGUAGAUGAGGUGCCCAGCUCCUCCGGUCCGUUCAGCAUGUUCUCCAGCAUUCAGUCUGUCAUUAUCACGGGCUUCAUAGAUACACCCAGCUCUGCCGAUGGCAUCAUAAGUUACUCCACAGACCUCUACUACCACUUCUCUUGCCGGUACCCGCUGGAAUAUCUCAUCAACAACACUCAAAUUGUUGCCUCAUCGGUUUCAGUGGCCACAAGUGACAACAAUGGAACUUUCAUUGAUACUCUCAGAAUGAGGGUCUACAAUAGCACAGAUUUUGCCUAUCCAUUAGUGGUUCCACCAACAGGGUUAGAGCUGCGCACUAAGGUCUAUGUUGAAGUAAAAGCUAUCAAUCUCACUGGAAGUUUUAAUGUUUUGCUGGACCACUGCUUUGCCACCCCUUCACCAUAUAAUCUUACCAACAACAGACAGUAUAACUUUUUUACCGGGUGUGGUAUAGAGAACAUGACAACAGUAAUUCAUAAUGGGCACUCCAAGUAUUCCAGAUUUUCCUUUGAAGCUUUUCGCUUUGUGGAACACCGGGAUCAAGAACAGUCCACUAUAUACCUGCACUGUAUACUCCGACUUUGUGAGCCAAAUAAGUGUCAAGAGAUACUUAAUACUUGCAAAUCGGAGAAAAGGAGACGAAGGGCACUAGAGCCUUAUGGAUCAGAAGCAAAAGAUUCUGCUACAGUGUCUUUGGGUCCUCUGUAUACUCAAGCACUCAAGAGUGUCUCUCCCUCUCCAUCUGCCUAUGGUGCCAGUGAGUCAUUGGACAGAAACAAUGUAAACAUGGCUGGAGUCGUGGUUGGGGUCAUACUGGCCACCGCUGGUGCCAUGUUGCUGGUUAUGGGUGGAUGGUUUGUGUUGAAGAAGAUUUACUGGUCUGGACGUCUGCCGCAGGUUUUCCACUAAGUGAACUCACCUUCUGAAUGAAGUUUAAUUUGAUAUAACCAAUAAGACGUCUGAUCACAGCAUCUGCACAAAUUAAAGCUGCUUUGCAUUAUGCCUAUUUAGCAUAUUAUAAUCUGUUCAGACAGCAUUGGGUAGUCCAGUAAACAUCUGGCAGCUGUGCGCUUAGUAGAAAGAUGCAAGGCACUGCAUAUGUUUUAUAUAUGUUGUAGACAAAACUGCUUUAAUGAGAGGAACUAACUGUGGAUGAUCACAAUUACCAAUAAUCUUAUUGUAAACUUUUGAUAACUUCUGGUAAUAAUGGUGUUUUGAUAAUUUCUAUAAGGUUAUUAUCAUGCACACUGCUUGUAUAGCCAAUGACUUGCUGCUUUUCUUGUGACUUUGUCAACUGUGUAGAUGUGAUGUAUUUAGAAUUGACGUUUUUAAGCAAUGAUCAAUAGACAACAUGUAUUCAUUUCAGCUAUGUAGAAAUACAUCUUUAUUCAAAUGCUUUAUAUUAUAUACAGUAUAUACAUGAAAAAAAUAAUAAUACAAAACAUUUUUAAUAAAUCUGCUGCAGUAAAUGAAAGCAUCUUUAUUGUCACUUGAGACCAAAUUAUUUAGUUUCUGUACUUUUAUAUAAGGUCGUCCUUAAAAAUGAUGCAAACAAAGAUAGUGCUCUACAUAAGUUACAGUUAACAUUCAAACAUUGCAUAAAAUGCUAUUUACAUUGUA